AUGCCGCACAAGAACUGGGCUGGUCUCGCUGUUCCGACCCUGAGCGUCGAAACGAAUGACCACACAGGAGGUGGAGUAAACUAUGGGGGCCUGCACCCGACGAGCAUUGCUGCUCUGCUAGGCAAAGGUCCAGAGGUGAAAAAGGGCGAAAGAUUCGACUUCAAGUUCAAUAUCAACGGCUCACGGAGCUCAGCGGCCCUCGUGGUCAAUACAACAAAGCAUUUACCUCACGUAGAGUGGUCGUCAGACGGCGGUUUAGGAAAGCUUCCCCUUGCAGGGGCUACUGCCCUCGCAGCCAAGUUCUUCUUCCAGUCUACCAAGGGCAACCUCGGGCAAAAGAAAUCAUUGAAGAAUUCCGAGAGUGACCGGAGACAAAGAGAUGUUGCACACAUACAUAGUUCCUCCAGAACUCAACCUAUGAGCUCAUCCACCUCCCAUCGAAGCUCACAAAAGAAAGGCCGAAAACAGGGCACAAGAGCGAAUAGCCAGUCAAGCCGAAAUACAAGCCCGACAUCCCAAUGCGUCACAUCACGGCAGUCUCGAGUUCGCUCCACCGAGUCUAGCCACCCACACAAACGAAGGAAACCGAUUAAAGAGGAGCAGGGCUAUGAUUCUGGCUAUGCAAGUGGUUCGGACCGGAACAGCGUCCGCUGUCAAAAUACGCCGCGGCCGAGAACUGUCACUGGAAGCAUACCUAAGAAGGGUUAG